AGAGUUAGCUGACAUGCUGAAAAGUCACAGAGGAAUGUCUGAAAUGACCAUGAAAACAAACUUUGAUAACACACCUACUCAAGCCUAAUAUAGUGUAUAUAAGCCGAUCACACUGACUCACGCAGGUCUGUGCACAGCUGAAGCUCACGGGACCGAGACGCUUCCUCUAGAAAACAUACCUUUCAAGCAAUGGUUGCAAUCUUAGCCUGAACUUUCGGAAACUACCAGAAGUGGGACAUUUGAGUUUUUACAAAAGCACCAGUAUGGCCGACUACAACACUGAAUCAGCAGCUCCUCCUAGCAAACUCAACCAAGUCCAGGAUCAAGUCAAUGAUGUUAAAGUGAUUCUCAAAGACAACAUCAACAAAGUGUUGGAGAGAGGAGAGAGAUUAGAUGACCUGAUCGGCAAAACAGAUGAUCUACAAGCAACGGCGGACUCAUUUCAAAGAACGUCCACGCAUGUUGCCAGAAAGAUGUGGUGGAGAAACACCAAGAUGAUGAUUAUAAUUGGAGUGGUUGUCGUUGCCAUCAUUGUGUUAAUCAUUGUGUUAGCCACGCAAGUAAAGUAAAAACCAUCCAUUUCAAUUCAUUUGUAUUCAUAAAGCACAAGUACACACACACACACUAAAAAUGAACAGCUUUUUUUUUAAGACUAAGAAUGUAACGUUUGGUCCGGGUAGAUUUAUGUGUAGAUAAAUUGCAUAUUAGUUUGUUGUAUUGAUAUUCCCUGUCAGAUUCUAUUCAAAUAUUGUGUGAAUAUGUUAGGCCUUGUACACAAUAGUUUCCAAAAAUCAUAUCUUUCUAAAGAUAUUGCGUAAUUGAGCUUGAAAUGUGCAACUUGUAUGUAUGAAAUGCGACAAAUGUUAUACGUUAAACGUGAUUAUGCUCAAAUUAUAAUAAAAAUAUGCAGAACGAC